AUGGUGAACAUGGAGGACGAAUCCAACCACUCUGUCAAAGGAGACGAGAACGUGGAAGAGGAAGCACACGAGGAGCGUCAGGAAGAAAACGAAGAUAAGCAAAAGGAAACUGAAGAGAAUGGCAAUGAGGCAAAUGAAGAUAAGGAUAAGGACGAAAAGGAAGAAUCCAUUGAUGGGAAGAAGUUGCCACAGACCAGCUACGUUCGACUCCGAGGACUGCCGUAUUCUGCCAAGGAAAGCGACAUCCGUGAUUUCUUCGAAGGUAUCGAAGUUUCAAAUAUCACAAUGAGCAGCAGUCACAAUGGUCGACCUAGUGGAGAGUGCUAUUGCGAGUUACCCUCAAAGAAAGAUGCACUCAAAGCGUUGGAUCUACACAGGAAGGAAAUGGAGGGUAGAUAUAUCGAAGUAUUCACGGUGUCAAAGGAGGAGCUCAAUAAUCUGAAGCGCAUUGGAAUUGUACCUGACGACGGUACAGUUAUCCGACUACGUGGUCUGCCAUUUUCCGCGACCGCUCAGGAUGUAAAGGACUUCUUCAAAGGGCUUACCUGUGAAGAGGUGGUAUUCGGGCGUACGGGAGGGCGACCUAGCGGGGAAGGCUUCGUACGACUUGCGUCCAGGGAAGAAGCCGUCAAAGCGCUCGAUUUCAACAAGCAACAUAUGGGAAGCAGGUAUGUCGAAGUUUUCCGGACCACAGUGGAUGACAUGGAGCGUAAUCGGCCUCGUAAUUACGACACUGGUAUAAGGCCUCUGUUUGACAGGGAUUAUAUGGGACGCUCUCCUCGCAGCAUGAGAGGUCUGCGUUCAGCACCAUACGACAUUCCACGUGGUGGAUACGGAAGAUACGAUGAUUAUGACGAUUUUGUCCCACCAACAAAAAUUUUCAUGCGUGGACUUCCAUACGAUGCUGAUGCUUUCAUGAUUGAGGAGUUCUUUGCCCCUUUGCGAUGCGUUGAAAUCAGUCUGGGAUUCAACGAGGACCGCCGCCCCUCAGGAGAUGCUGUGGUGGAGUUUGGUACGACUGCUGAAGCGCAUGAAGCUUUCUCAAGGAAUAAAGCUAUGAUGGGGAAAAGAUACGUAGAAUUAUUCGGUUCAAACGAUAUGCCACACACCAUGAGAAGGUUGACGUGGCGCGUAGUUGGUGGACAGCCUGCUCCUAGGCCGUUGGCUAUGGUGGCCCCGAGAGAUUACGAUUUCGGAGGAUACGGUGGUGCGUUCAUUUUCGUCUACGACAAUUUGGAUCUUGGCGGAUACGGUGGCGGCUACGGUGGUAUGCGCGGUGGAGGUGGAUAUGGCCGUGGCUACGAUUCAGGACCUGGCCCUUUCCGUGGAUACGGAAGCGGCAGCGUGGGAGGUGGCUCGAGGUCGCGAGAUAGGCGUUGGUAA